AUGAAAACCUUGCAGUCAUGCACUUUUGAAGAGCUCACUAUUUCUUCGGCACUGAAAGACAGAGACGGAGAAGGAGGCACAAGCAAGGAGUGCAUGACGUCGUCGUCACUCAGCUCUUGCGAGGCAUAUUGUGCUGAUUACUCCAUUGAAUUCUGCUUGGGCAGAUCUGUUUGUCUCCUAUACUGCCUCUCUCACUACGCUCAUCUUCUUCAGCAAGUCAGUGUUGUUUGUGAUGGGCUUUCUCGUCACUUUCUGCGGGAUUUGCCUUCAGUGCUGAGGCUUACGCUGCGUUCUGACAUUUCCAUCCCUUAUUGA